AACAAAAACAAGUAAUUUUAGUGCCCGUCUCAUUAUAAUUGACUUUGUAUUUUUUUUUUUUUUUUUUUUUCUCUAAAUUUUCGCCCAUGUAUUGUCUCAUGACUGGCUGCAGAAUAUGAUCGUCAGAGUCCUGUUUUACUUUAAGUAUGCCUUUCCCCUGUAUUUCCGCUCCUGCGUGCGGGUUUUUUGCGCCCAGCUUGACGCAGGCUGUAGCUGCUUGCUGGCUGCUGCAGGCGUGCUAUUUGCAGCAGCGGAGACACCUCUGCGAAAUGCCUUUUGUAUGCCCGGCUGGCGUUUUUUUUGUUUCGUGAGGGGUCCGAUCACAGUGUUUUUGUCGCCAUGCUCUGCGCUGGGUCCGGCGGGCUGUCCUAGCUGACUGAGCCGCUCCGGCAGCGGUGGAUCCGGGUGCAGUGCACAGCCGGGGGAUGAGGCCUACUUGUUAAAGCUCCCCCACCACCCCACCGUCGCGAUGGCUGAUGAUCAACAACAACCUGGUCAGAAGCCUGCCUCGGGAUUAGGCUCUCUUCCAGCGCUGGUGCCAGGACUACAAGGGCCCGAGGCUAACGCGUUACAGUUCAAAAUACAGAAUUCAAUUUGCAAAUCUGUACAAUCAAAAGUGGACAGCAUAUUGCAAGAUGUUGAGAAGUUUACAGACAUCGAAAAGCUCUACCUCUACCUUAAGUUGCCUUCUGGUCCCAGCAGUGGCAAUGAUAAAAGGACUGGGAAUGAGAGGGGGUCCUCUACUGCUGGAUUAUGUGAUCAGAGUUCCAUGUCGUCGAGCCGUACUCAACAGAUGUAUGCUUUCAACUGGAUACGCAAUCACCUAGAAGAGCACCCAGAGACGUCCCUCCCAAAGCAAGAGGUGUAUGACGAAUACAAGAGCUAUUGUGACAAUCUCGGCUACAAUCCACUGAGUGCAGCAGACUUUGGAAAGAUCAUGAAGAAUGUCUUUCCCAACAUGAAGGCACGUCGUCUGGGCAUGAGGGGGAAAUCCAAAUACUGUUACAGUGGGUUAAGAAAGAAAGCUUUUGUUCACAUGCCAUCCUUACCCAACUUGGAUCUGCAGAAGUCUGGUGAUGGGUGUGAGCUAAUGGAGCCGACCGGUCAGUCUCCGAGCGCUGAGGAUGAGAUGAGAUCCGCGGCCUGUGGGCUGGUGUGUGAGUGGGCUCAGAAGGUGUUGAGUCGUCAGUUUGACAGCGUGGAGGACCUGGCUCGUUUCUUGCUCAACAGUCACUACAUCGGUACAAAGUCCAUGGCUGCACUCACCGUUAUGACUGGAACACCCACAGGAAUGAAGACCCCAACUCCAGCCUCUGCUUUUGUUCCCACUGCUGAGGCAAACUCAUUUCAGCCCCAGGUGAAGACCCUGCCGUCUCCUUCUGUUGACACAAAGCAGCAACUGCAGCGCAAAAUCCAGAAGAAGCAGCAGGAGCAGAAGCUUCAUUCACCACUGCCUAGUGAGACCCAAGUGAAGCGGACAGAGGCCAGUACCCCUGGACCCACCAUCCCCUGUGGCAGCCCUGCUCUGCUGUCCCCUCAGCCAACCAUAGGAAUUGUAGUAGCAGCCGUACCCAGCCCAGUCCCGGUACAGAGAAACAGGCAGUUGAUGACCUCACCCAGUCCAGUGGGUACAGCAGAAGGAAAGGUGUUGCCUGUAAACUUCCAGGUUGUCACUCAAUCUCUCAAACAGUCUCCCAAAACAUCCCAGAACAUCCCAGCAAGUCCCGUGGGAGACAGACUGGCACGACAUGGCACGCGGUACGCCCAAAUCCUUCCCAAGCCCUCUGCCACGAGUGCCAUAACCUUGCGCUCUCCCCCCACCCUGCUCAUCACCAACAGCCCCAUAAAAACCGUGAUGCCCUCUCCCCACGUCAGCUCUGUCAAUGUAGUGAAGAUGACGGCUAUUGCUCUGGCUCCCAGCAGCAGCAGCAACAGCAGCAUGCGACCAGCCUCUGCCUGUAUGAGCACCGCAGUUGCUUUGGACGAUUCCCAGCAGUUCCAGAAUUCGGCAGCCCCCCAGUCUCCUGCAGUCAAACCUGCCAUUGCAGUAUCAACCCCAACCUUCUCUGCAGAUGCCAAAGGGAUGUCUGAAGCUAGAAGCGACAAUAAUUCCUUGUCUGUCGCAGAGAAACAAGUUGGUGGAGCCAAAGAGGAGAAAAUGGUUAAAUUCAGAGCUGCAAGUGAGCCAAGCUUCCUGGUGAAGUGUUCCCUGGGACCAGAGAAAGGAUUGAGGACAAAGAGUGACUCCACCUCCCCUCCCAGCUCUGCAUCUGGGACUCAGGACAGCAAUAUCACUAACUGCCAUGACAGUACUUUGUACUUGACUGUUGAUAAUCAGAACUCCAAUGGCAACACGUCAUCCAACAGCUUGUCCACUAUUCCCCUCACAUCAAAGGAUGCCUGCCUAGACGCUAAGAGUCCCAGGAAGCGUGCAGCUGGGGAAUCCCAUGUUAUUCCUGUUAAGAGAGUUUUUAUCUCCCAGCAACCGGUUGCUGUUAUUGACAAUCCCAAACCUGGGGUGAGCACUGCAAUGAAGAGAAUUCCUAGACUGGGAACCCCUGCAAGACCAGAGAGUGCCCCCUGCAAAGGGAUUGCCAAACAAACGGCUCCGGGGCCCACACAGAUCCUUGCACUUACAGAUGCACCUCUCAUGCACACAGAGGGAACGCAGACUGCCGCGAAACAGCAAGAUUCAAAACACGAGGACCAUUCCAUCGCUGUUGAUCACUCUGCUGGAGCAGCAGGAAACAUGUCUGAUCAGGCACUGCUGCAGCAGAUCACCGGAGACCCUUGUGCCAUUACAGACAACUCAGGACCACGCGAGGCCUCUGUGAGCAAUUUAAAGAGCACAAUAUGGGAGCCUCAGCAGAUACCAGCAGAACACAAACAGUCUCCCACUGACCAGCUCUCCAUGAUGGCACAACCCUCCGAUGCCUCGAGCCAGCUCACCCUCACACAGAUGGUCGACUUUGCCGGUUCUCAGUCUAACAUGGACUACUUCUCGUUCAAUGACGAUGACAUGACGCAGGACAGCAUCGUGGAGGAGCUGGUCCAGAUGGAGGAGCAGAUGAAGCUGAAGGGUCUGUUUGGUAACUGCGUCGACGUGUCCGGGUUACAGGGUCAGUCGGCCAGCAGUCAAGGCUCUAUCCUCACAGCUCAUCAAGCCAGUUCUACCUUCUACCACUCUGCUCACAGCAGCACCACCCCUGUCCAGACCCCUACCCCGACUCCAACACCCACCCCAACGCCCACCCCGACCUCUGAGAUGACACUCGCGCACAGCCUGACACGAGAAAGUCCCUGCUCCCGAAUGGCUCCUGUCACCCCUGUGGACGGAGCCAUGGGCCGACACACCCCGAUUAGCACGCCACUGUCCAACUGCAGUAGCAGUGUACCGCCGAGCCCUGUGGAGUGCAGGAACCCCUUUGCUUUCACUCCCAUCAACUCGAGCAUCACGGGAUAUCACGACGCAAGCAUCGUCUCCAGCAGCCCCGUCAAACCAAUGCAAAGGCCCAUGGCAACGCACCCGGACAAGGCCAAGCUUGAGUGGAUCAACAACCGCUACAACAGUAACUCUGCAGGACCUCUGUCUAAUCACAGCAUCGGGAUCCUGCCAAGCUACCAAGACCUGGUGGAUGAUCAGUUUCGCAAACCUCACGCAUUUGCAAUCCCUGGCCAGUCGUUCCAGUCUCAGGCGAGACAGGAUGGUGCUCACUUUGGACGCAUAACGCCAAUUUCUCCAGUGCAGCAGCAGCAACCACAGCAGCAGCAGGUAACUGGUGUAACUACUCCUACCAAGCAGGAGAGUUUUGCUGUACCUGCACCGUUAGACAACAAGGCUUCAGCGUCAUCCACAUCCAGCACUUUCCGUUGCCGCAGCGUUAGCCCUGCUGUGCGGCAGAGGAACUACAGCGGUAACACUAACCCUCCGGCCACUACCACGAGUACCACGACAACAACUCGAGCUGUGGUCUCGCCCUUUAACUCCCCCAUCACCUCUGAGGUGCUCAGCAUCCUGUCCAACAGCCAGGCUGUCAGCUCUGUGCACAGCAUGGUGCAGCGUAGCCAGUCUGUACCUCUGAACAUUAUGAUGCAGAGCGAGAUGCUGCCUGUGCAGGGUCAGAGCAACACCCCCAAGAUCACCAGCGUCCUCCUCAGCAAGAUGGAAGCAGACGGAGACGACGCUGUCCGUGGUCUGGGCAUCAACAACCUCCCCUCUAACUACACGGCUCGCAUGAACCUUACACAAAUUCUAGAGACGGCUCCCAGCUUCACGGGAGGAGCCCCUCCCCAGACUCAGUUGCCCGUCAGCUCUAGCCCUGCUGCCUUCGAGCUCCAGCAGCAUGGCUACCUCACAGGUGGGGACACUGAAGCACAAGCAGGUCCCAGUGAACAAGACCAGCAGCAGCAGCUCCAAGAAGAUCCCACCCAGACACAACCACAGCUCCUCCUCCAGAGCACACAGCAACAGGAGGCGGUGGACGAACAGCAGCAGCUCGAUUUCAACAACACUGUCAAGGACUUGCUGGGGGAGGAUGGCCUCAACCCCAGCUCUCAGCUGGUGGGUCAGGUCGCCUCGGAGCUCAAUGCCGUGGCGUCCGACUUCUCUAGCGACAUCAGACUGACCUCAGAUCUGUCCAGUAGCAUCACUGACCUUAACACGUUGGACGCCAACUUGCUGUUCGACCCCAAUCAGCAGCAGGAGCAGUACGAAGACUCGACACUGGAAGAACUGAAGAAUGACCCGCUUUUCCAGCAGAUAUGCAGUGAUACUGUGAACUCUGGUUUUGACUGGCUAGAGAGCAAAGACCAGCCUACUACCGUGGAAAUGCUGGGUUAACGUUCUCUUCUACUCUGUAUGAUUUCGGUUCUCUGUUGGUUCCGUUUGGUGCAUAUGUAAUAUAUCUGUUUUUAACCCAUAGUUUUUUGGAGUUUGUCUGGACUUUGGCUGUUUGUUCUGUUCAAAGUGCCAUGCUUACCAGAAAAUCUCCACCCAUCCUUUCCUCCUUCAUCAUUUGUCACCAAGAAUUUCAGUAUUUUCUCACUUUUCUCCCUCAUCUGAGAUCUAACAUGUAAGCAUUUCCAGAGAAGAGUGCGAGCACUCUGUGGCAGCAUGCACCAACUAACAUAGAGCAGAUAUGUUUGCUUUGAAGGGUAAUCUUUAUUAAUGCAAUAUUCAUACUUUAUGAACAACUAAGGAAGAGGAGAUGCUUUGCAAAUCUGGCACACGAGACUUCACCAAAAAAAACAUAUUCUCUUGUGCAGUUCAAGUUCUACCAAAUGGAGACAAUAUUGGUUACUGUGGUAUAUGCACAUAGACGCUGUUGUACGUUUGCCUGCCAUAUCAAAAAAUAUAUAAAAAAGGGUGGCAUCUUACGCUGCCAGGUGCUGAAUUUCUGACAUAAUCUUUAUACUUUUAUCAUAAACCAACAUCCGUGCAAAACUGAUUCAUGUGUGAAACUUCUCAAAGCCUAUACUUCUUGUACUGUUUAUUCAAAAAAAAAGGGAGCAUGUGAAUAAUUAGGGAGAAGAUGGAGAAGCAGGCCACUUUGCGUAUUUGAGUAUUUAUUGAAAGAAAACCAACAACUUGGCUGCCUUAAGCCAUUGUUAGAGGAAAUGUAUAUAGUAUAAUGUUAAGAUAUCCGGAGCUUCAUCCUUUCACGGCAGCUGUUAAUCUCAUGUUUUUUUUUUUUUUUUACAAUGUAAAGGCUUGUUUUGACUUCAGGAACCUUUUUCAGGAGCCACUGUUGUUUUCUAAGGACAUUUUUAACCCUUUCCAUUUCAACUGCAUCUACCAGGGUAAAAACUAUUCUUCCAGCCACAGGAAUAUUUUAGGGUUUUAGUCCUUUAUUCUCAGAUGCAAAAAUAAAGACACCUAUAAACCUUCUGGAUUGAUAACAGAUUUCAAGAUAAGAAACGAGGAGCUGCUGCAGAGUGUGUAUGGUUAAUGCUCAGUUAGGAUACGUUUCUUGGGCUUUAAUUAUUAAAUGUCUGUUAGAUCACCAGCCUAUAUUCCUGACUAGUGCACUGCCUCUUAUUGCUGAAAAUCAUGGCUUUUGUUUUUUCGCAGCUGGAGCCUCUGUCCCAAACAGCUUCUGAACAAGAACUUGGUCAAGCAGAAGGGCUUUCCCGCUCAUAGUGAGCAUGCAUAAUUUGCAUUUUAACUACGCUAUCCUUAACUUUUCAACCCCUGAAACUUAAUUUCUGGGGCCUUUUAUGUUAUCCUGACUAUUAGUUGUGCAAGUUUUGAAAAUAGGAUGCAAAACCAUGCUUUUUGUGUAAAUUACGCCCACGUUGUUAACAGGAUAAAAUGCUUGGAAAAUGUAAGAAAUCAGAAAUGUUUAGCAAUCUCGCACCAUAGAACUCCUCAAUAAAGGUUCAGGGGACAUACCAAAUACUACCCCCUACCAGUUCUGUUUUGCGGGGUAAAUUUCUACCUUGGCAGUUGCAUUUGGCCCUGGUUCCAGCAGUGGAAAUGAUGAGGGUUAAAAAAUGUCCCCAGAAAACUACGCAGGUUCCUGGAAAAGGUUCCUGUAGUUGAAAUGCACUUUUAGUUAUUUUGGUUUGGUCAGGGUUCAUGUUUGCUGCCAUAUUUCAUAACAGUUUUCUGGCCCAAAAAGGGAUCAGAAACAAAAAUAAAUGGAAAUAGGCGAUAAAGAGCUUAACUCCUAUAUAUAAGAAUUGAGGAUUUUAUGACCAUUCCCAUAAUUCCUGAAAAUACUUAACUAUCAAGAGAAACUGGCUGAUAUGCAAAGAUUUUCGUACAAUGGGUGGGUUUUGGUUUGUUUAAGGGUGUGAAGCUGUAAAAGGAAGCAACGAAUUGGCAACUUGUGGGUUUAAACAGGGUUUAAACUGACUGAAUGCCAUAAAGACACAUAAUGUAUAUGCUACAAACAAGAACUUCACCAGUAAAGAAAUUUUCCAUGCCGUCAUCUCAGUCGUGACAUUUUUAGUUUUUUAGGUUUUUCUGAUGGAUUUUUUGCACUCCCAAACUAGAUAAUUUUAACCGGCAUGGAAAAGACUUUAUAAACCAAGUUAAGGUUCAAGGAAAUGUCAUUUGUGCAGACCUGGCCCCGAUUUCCAUGCCAAAGAUCUAUUUCAAGAAUCAUAAGAGAUUAUUCCACCUAGCAACACUCCUCGUAUUAGCAUCCACAACACAACAGGAAGCGGGGCAGCAUCAGAGAUUUAAGAGUUAAGGAUUAAGUUGAAUCUUCUGUACAGUUUGUAAAAUAGUGAAAUGGUCACCUAUGUUUUAUGGGAAACCAUGGACCUGAAAGCAUGUUGAAACCAUCACUGCUAGCCAGGUAGGCUCCAUGAUACAGUAGGAUGCUUGCUUCAGUUUUUUGGCUAUAUUGUCAAUGUUGUAAAAGUCAUGUUUAAGCUCCAUCUGUAAAUACAAUAGAUACAUAGAGAUUUGGUGUAUCCAGACACUAUACUAUGGCCAUUAUCCUAGCUAAGUAUGUGCCAUUGAAAAGAUAAAAAAAAGAAGCUUAACAGAUUUAUAGUUGGCAAGAUACUGUAUGUUGUGUGUUACAUUUCUGGCUCAAUGUGUCGUAACAGUAAUGCUGUCUGGUCUCGCUUGCUGAUUUUAUUUUACUAUUUUUAUUAUUAUUUUUGGUUUUUAUACUCAAAGAUAAUAGGUCUCUGCAUUUGCAGAAUUGAUGUGUGCUGUGAGCAGGAUCAAAAGCAUGGUAUAUUAAGAAAAAAAAAGUUGUGAUACUGUUAGUUGGUUGCAGACAUCUCUCUGUGACAUUGUGCUCAAAGUUCGUCAGCAGACACUGGAGAAAAAAAAAACAACAAAAAAAAAGUUUCAGCAAACUUUGGAGGUUCACGUUAUUGCACUAAAUUUUUACGACACACGGCUUUGUCACACCUUUAUGGACAACAAAAAAACUAUAAAUUAUGAUGGGUGCCCGCUUAGAAAAAGAAUAAAAGAGGAAAGAAAAAUAUUUUUUAAGACAUGGUGAGUAAGGAAAAUAAGUGGAUUAUCAGAAAAUGACUAAUUGUCUUGUAGCAAAAUGUGCUUUAAUCUCAGUGAGAUACUCGUUACUUACUCAUUCUCAUACAUGAGAAUACAAAGCAUUGAGGAAAAAAAAGCUAGAAUAACCUUUUAAAACCUACAUGCUCAUUAUGUUGAUAGAUGAUUGUAUACACGCAUGUGUGAUGACUUCUGUUGUAUAUUCUUGGUAACCACUGUCUUCUGUGAUUUAGACAGGUUCUGUUAACCAGACUGGCAGUGCUACUUUCACAAGUUACUUUACAGUUUUUUAAAAAGUGUGUGUCUGUGUUGUUUACUAAGUUAAUGUUCUAUAUUUUAUGGGGUUUUUUUUUUCAAUUUGACAUUUUCCUAUUUUGAUAAAUGCAUUUGUAAAGAAACAUGUUUUCUCUUAGUUCCUCUUUAACAACAUGGCACUGAUAUUUGAAUUUAAAUGAAGGAAAUGCACCUUUUUAUGAUUACAGCAGCUCCAUCAAGCAGUGACUCUGACUCCUUACCUUUUACUGACCCGACCCUGUUUGACUAUCGUGUCCGUUUCUACCAGUAGAAGAAGAAGAAAAAAAACAACCCUCCUCUGUGUUGUUGUCUGGUGUUCUGCUUAAUGUACAGUAGCUUGUUAAUAUUGCAAACGCGUUGUUUCUUUUUUCAAUGGAAAGUACUCACUGGUGAGAUUUUUAAAGUGGUUUUAAAAGCCAAUAAACUUUUUUAAAGAA